CCAGGCCCUGGCCAACCAUUCUCUGCUCUAGUGCUCUGUUCUAACCUAAAAGUGUGUUAACAGUUUUUGUGGGCAGAAAGUCAAGCGUUUUCAUUUGUAUAGAAUUUAUCCAUUCUUAACUUGUGAAUUUUUCAAAUCACAGGGUUUAUUUAAUUGUUCCAAGAUGUCUGGCAUCGCAGCGGCACGUUUGGCUGAAGAACGUAAAGCAUGGAGGAAAGACCAUCCCUUCGGAUUUGUAGCACGACCUUCAAAAAACCCUGAUGGUUCUCUUAAUUUGAUGAAUUGGGAAUGCUCUAUUCCUGGAAAAAAGGGUACUCCCUGGGAAGAGGGUCACUACAAACUCAGGAUGCUCUUCAAAGAAGAUUACCCAACUAGCCCCCCAAAGUGCAAAUUUGAACCACCAUUGUUCCAUCCAAACGUUUAUCCAUCAGGAACUGUUUGUUUGUCACUGUUAGACGAAGAAAAAGACUGGAGACCAGCCAUCACCAUAAAACAAAUCCUCUUGGGCAUCCAAGACUUGCUCAACGAGCCCAACGUGAAGGAUCCCGCCCAGGCAGAAGCCUAUACUAUUUACUGCCAGAAUCGGUUGGAAUACGAAAAGAGGGUCAGAGCUCAGGCCCGUGCUAUGAGCCACCAGGAAAGCUAAGGUUACGUACAUGUAGACAGUACCGCUCGUCCCGGAAAAAGUCACAGUGAAAUGGUUUUUUGUCUUCUAAAUGGCGAAUGAAAAUCAGACGAGAACUCUAGACGUGUGACAUUUUUAGGAACUGACGGAAAUUUUAAAUUUAAGUAUUAUUAUUAUUGAAGGAGUUUCACCUUAUUAUUUUUGUAUCACUUUCUUUUACUUCUUUACAAUAUAGAAUUAUAAUUGCUGGUCUUGUUGUAAUCUUAUAAUCAUCUCUUUUAUUCAGUAGGUUUAAUUUAUUCUUAGUUUCUUUGUGAAGUAUAAUAAUAGCAUUAAAAAUUAUCAUUAAAUGUGUAGAUUAAAAGUUUUACUUGAAUAUUUUUAUCUGGCGUAAUUGUUCCUCACAUCAUCUGACUACGAGAUUUUGUUAGAAAUUCUGUAAAAUUUUUGGAAAAUAAACCUUUUUCGUAAUCUGUCUUAAA